AUGUCACUCAGCGCAGCAGCAGCAGCAGCAGCAGCAGCACCAGCCCCAGCAGCACCAGCAGCAGCAAAUCCCCGCAGCGCCUUAGGAGAGGGCCGCAGAGGGAAUAGAAGCAGGGCUAGGGGGGGGCCCCCCCGCAGCAGCACAGGGGCCCCCCCCCGCAGCAGCACGGGGGCCCCCCCCCGCAGCAGCACGGGGGGCCCCCCCCGCAGCAGCACGGGGGGCCCCCGCGGGGGUCAGUACCAGUCGGAGCAUUCCUUUGGAGGCCGUGGGCGUGGGGGGCCCCACAGGCACCGCGACAGACCCCCGCAGCAGCAGCAGCAGCAGCAGCAGCAGCAGCAGCAACUGCUGCUGCAGCAGCUGGGGGGCCCGGUGAGCGUGGACGCAUGCAAGGUGUUUGUGGAGGCGGCGAUAGCCUCAGGGGCCACGACCCUAGGCCCCCAAGACCAGCAGCAGCAGCAGCAGCAGCAGCAGCACCAGCCCCAGCAGCACCAGCAGCAGCAAAUCCCCGCAGCGCCUUAG